AUGCUCGCGACGACACCAAACCCUCGGAAACCAAAAGGUUCACGCCCGUUACCGUCCCACUCGAGCUCGUCGUCGAGUAGCAGCCAGUCCACUUCUGGGACGCGCUCGGCCGUCCCGUACUCGGAGUAUGGGGGAGUCUACGAGCCGUCAACACAUCAGGAGGAGCAAUCUGCGUAUGGAUCGCGCAUGAUGUUACCUGAACUCGCCCAUCCCGUCCCGCGGCAGGCCCAGGAUUCACUGCUCAACGCGCCCGCCCAGCCAGCGAGCCGUUCGACGACACCAAAGCCCAAAUUACCGUCUCUGAAGACGAGUGGAGGUGCCGUGGGCGGUAUCGGUGCUCCUGAUCCAGACUUCUUCGACAGUGCUGAUGUGCCACCGCUACCGCUUUUGCAGUCUGUGCGUCCGCUCGGAAUGUCCCUGUCCCUUCAGAUGGCAAACCCCUCUCGAAAUGCGCCGAUGCCUCCCAAUGCCGAAGAUGGCGCGCCCCGCCCGACGCUACGACCACCGCCCAUCGGAGGGGGUUCAAACAAGAAACGUGGACCGCUCCUUGCGAUCCCAAUGGGCUCAGCGCCAAUUGGUGCUAUUGGCGCAGACGAACCAGAUGCGCUCGACCUCAUCGGACCCAUCGACGAUUUAAACCUCACGAGCGGUAGCACUCGUAAAUCCAACGGUGGUCAACCAAUGACCCCGCUCAAUCUCGGAGGAGACGAUGGAGACGUGACCGUUCGUCCUGCACUCCCACUCCCGCACGGUCACGCACAAGCAAAGUCGAUUGACAAGAUCAAGGCAGUCAUUUCACCCGGACCAUCUACAGGCUCACCUUCAUCUACAAAUGCAAACGAAGACGAUUGGGCAGAGGCCGAAGAGUUUUUGGUCGAUGUGAGUCGUCUCGGAGAAGGCGCUGGAGGCGAGGUAUGGAAGGUCGAAGAUACUCGAACGGGUACCAAGCUCGCAAGGAAGAUUAUCCAAGCCAGAACGACGCCACCAAAGCAGUUGGUGCGAGAACUCAAGUAUCUCAAGGACACUGGCCAUUCCAACAUUGUUCGCUUCUACGGCGCAUAUAUCAGUCCUAGCAGUUCCGAAGUCAAGGUUCUCAUGGAGUAUUGCGAAGGAGGUAGCCUGGAAGCUAUUGGAGAGAAGAUCAAGCAGGGCAAGGGCAGGGUCAGCGAACCCGUCGCAGCCAAGAUUGGGGAAGGGAUCUUCAACGGUCUCAAUUAUCUACACUCUAAGCGAAUCAUCCAUCGUGACAUCAAGCCCUCAAAUGUGCUCGUUUCCAAGCAUGGUACAGUCAAGCUAUGUGAUUUUGGUGUCUCUGGCGAACUCGUCGACUCGUUUGCCAAUACCUGGACCGGAACUAGCAUGUACAUGGCCCCGGAGCGCAUAAAGGGUGGCCAAUACACUAUUCGUUCCGACGUAUGGUCAUCGGGACUUACGCUCAUGACAUUGGCCCAGAAUCGCUUCCCUUAUCCGGAAGACUUGACUGGUAUCAUCGAGCUGAUCAACUAUAUCACCAAGGAGGACAUUCCAAAGCUCAUGGAUGAAGACGCGGACCAAGACGGUUACGCAGAAGUUCAAUGGAGCCAAAACAUGAAGGACUUUAUCGACGUGUGCCUAACUAGAGACGAGAGUCAACGGCCCAAGCCAUCGGAGAUGCUACAGCACCCAUGGCUUGUCGAGAGCUCUCAGCGCAAAGUCAACAUGGCCCAAUGGAUACGAGAGGUUUGGGGCUGGGAGAAGCGUGGCCGACCAACGGGCUCGAGUCACGGUUCGUCGCAAUCUAGCGAUCGUCAAGCCAGUGCCGCCCGUGUUCAGCGUACACCGAGCAUGACUCGGGCGUAA